CCAAGUCUGGAAAUACAACAAACCUUUUUCAUCACCUGAAGCAGUGCCACCCACUAGAGCAUGCUCAAUCUCUGACUGAAAGUGCUAAUUUGUCAUCGAAAACAACCAGGGGAAUCCCUGCGAAGCAGCAACAGUCAAUUGUGUCGGCUUUCUCCAGCGUCUUACCAUAUGACAAAAAAGCUAAGAGACAUAGCGACAUAACGAAUGCCAUAGCCUACUGUCCUGCUAAAGACAUGCUACCAAUAAACACGGUUGAAAAUGAAGGAUUCAAGCAGCUAAUUAAGGUACUGGAUCCUCGUUACCAACUCCCUGGACUUAAACAUUUCUCUCAGACAGCGCUUCCAAAGCUAUAUAGAGAGCGCCGUGAGGCUGUAGAAGGAGCUACAAACUGUAUCGUUCUUCGCUACUACAUCCGACAUGUGGUCAAGUCGCACGUCAGAACCUUACCUUAGCCUUACUGCCCACUAUAUCGACCAAGACUGGAAUCUGAAAAGCAAAUGUCUUCAAACUGCCUACCUUCCCGACGACCACACGGGUGAAGUAAUUGCAUUAGGACUGUCGGAAGCGUUUGCAUCCUGGGGACUGAGUGAAGACAAACAAGUCUGCAUCACAACCGAUAGUGGGACAAAUAUAGUGAAGGCCACAUCCCUGAAUAACUGGACCCGGUUGCAGUGCUUCGGACAUCGACUUCACUCAGCUAUCGAAAAAGCCGGCAAAGACAAGAGGGUGGAGCGAGCUGUGGCCGUGUGUAAGAGAGUGGUGGCCGCCUUCAGUUUCUCUUGUAAGAAGAAAAGGGAAUUGGCUGCUGCUCAGGAGGAGCUUCACCUACCCCAGCACAAGUUAGUGUAGAGUCACCCACCAGAUGGGGCUCACGCCAAAAAAUGGUUGGGAGGGUUCUGGAGCAACAUAAAGCUAUCUCUCAGGUCCUCAGUGCAGAUAAGAAGACCAGGCACUUGGUUCCCUCCUGGCAAGAUCUAGAUGUUCUGGAGUCUGUGCAUGUGGCCCUGAACCCACUACUGAAAUUCACAGAUUCACUUUCUGGAGAGUGUUACGUGAGUGUGUCCUACCUCAAGCCGAUGCUUCACCUUUUCAGAACACAGAUUCUGAAACCAUCUGAGGAUGAAACACAACUUACAAAAGACCUUAAGAUGACAGUCAUGACAUACCUUGAUGAAAAGUACAAUGACCAGAUUACAAAUGAACUGCUUGAUGUUGCA